CCACAACAAAGCCGAAAAAAAUCCGAAAGUAUUUCCUAGUGAUUGUCAUUACAAACUAACGUAAAUAUCCUGCAUCCAUCAAUAGCACCAGCUUCUCACCAUUGUAGCUUAUGCUAACCAUCCCAUUUCCCCGAGAGCACAUCUUGCAAAAUCUCUCACAGCAUCUCAUCGUUUGUUCACGUAAUGCUCUCCCACAAAUGGAUACGUACUCGGUUCCGAAGUCGGCAACAUUACGAUCCGAGUGGAAAUUUUUCGGGAAAUAUUCCCUAUCCCUAACAAGGGAGCAGAAGAGUGACACACAAAAAAACACCCUCGGAUGAACGCAUAUUCGGCACGGAUGCUGAAACGUUCGCCAGUUUGGCAACAUCCCGCGUCGGUGUAACAGCCCCACUGGUAGGAGUGUCGUUAUCGGUCGUUAUCGGUUGACGUGACCCGUGGCCUAUCGUUCGGGUACGUUAUAUUGUUCCACCCCGCGAUGGUUCGCACAAUCGCAACUUUACCAUCUGCUACAGUGUUGGGCCAGUGAAAUGGAAUAGAAAGCAACGAUUGUGGAGGUUAUCGUUUGUUGGGUGUGAGUACUGAAAGAUAAACGCUCUAGCGCUGUGGACGUUUUUCCCGAGUUGGAAAACCUCGCCACUAGAAACUAGUGAGUGUUGACAGUUUUGUGACGGUUCGCGGAAUGUUUCACGGGGUUGGAUUAGUGUGCGUCUGUUUAUCGAAACCAGCAGCAGAGUAAAGUGAGGUGUCAUCAGCGUGGUACAAACGUUGACAGAUACGCGUGUGUGUUGUGUUGCUUUAAAUCAGAGGAAUGUCAAUCUAGUGAUGACCGGCUCGUAAGGAUAGCGCAUUCUUGUGAAGAGCUGUUCUCAAGUAUUCUAUACCAUAAAAGCCGCAUCGUGUGUGUGUGUGUGUGUAAUGUGGUAAAUGUGUAUGUGUAUGCGUAUGUGUGAGUGCAAUUUUCAAGCAGCAAUAUCAUCCCAUAAAAAGGAAAGGUGAAGUGAAUGUGUAAAGAAAAACACAACUCCCAGGCAGGCAAGAGGCGUUUUCUGCAGAGUCCCGCUUCAGGACAUCGCGACUACAUUAAAGUGCAGAAAUACGCUCAGUAAAGGAGUUUCGCUUUUCGCAUCAGCCUGCAAACUAGGUAAGCAGAACAGAUGGGAUACUCGUCAACGGCAUUAGCCAAACACUUUGCCACGAGAAAUUUUCAUCACUAUUGUGCACCAAGGACAGCAGCUGCAAAAAUAGUCACCAUUUUCCACCCACGGGAAAGCACUGGGCGUUUUCUGGUAACAGGACACCAGCUUGAUCCUAGCUGGCACUGGAAGAAGCCCUCGGUCGGUAACAAGAUUUUGCAUCGUGUGAUGAACGACGAUCUUUGCUAGGAUAAUGCUUUCCCAUCCACAACACGCCCGAUAGGAGAAGGAAUGCCGAAGGCUAUGGAAGGAAAAAUGAAUCUUCAAUACACAAUGUCGAAGCGCAGGAAACUUGGCUACGGAUGGUUUAGUUCGCUUUUGCUCUGUUUUAUCGCAUUAACAGAAAUGAUUUCAAAUGUUUGUAGCCUGAAAGAUCUAAAAAUAUUCGUCCCGGAGGCGGUCAUAAUGGGCAAUGCGGCGACCUUAUCUUGUCAAUUCGAAUUGGAAAAGGCAACACUUUACUCCGUUCGAUGGUACUUUGAAGGCGAAGAGUUCUAUCGUUUCGUCCCGAAGGAAUCACCCCCGGCCCGUACCUUCCCGGUGUCAGGCAUUACGGUGGAUGGCACACAAUCGGAUGCAACGUCGGUAACGCUGCGGGGCGUUACCCGUGAUCUAACCGGUCAGUUCCAGUGCGAGGUAUCCGAGGAUGCACCGCUCUUCCAUACCGAUAUACGGCAGGCACGCAUGCAGGUGGUCGAACUGCCCAAGGAGGACCCACUGAUGCAGGUGGACAAAACGCACAUCACCACGCUGGACAAUUUCCGGGCCGUCUGUACCGUGGGGACGUCCUUUCCGGCUGCCAACAUUACCUGGUACAUCAACACGAAGCGGAUUCAUCGAUCACCGUAUCAACGCAUCACGUACCGUUCGUACGAAGGGACGCCCACCUUCUCCUCGCUCGAGAUGUUCCCGCACAGUCAGGUACUGCAAGACAUCUACCAAUCGAUGCCACCGUUCCACACCAGCCUCACGGUCAUGUGCGAGAUCUCGAUCCUGCACAUCUACACCAAAAGCGCACAGCAGCGUAUCCUGGUCAGCGAUCUCGUGACGACCAUCUCGCCGAACCUGCUCGGUCUGGAUGGUUCAAACAAUCGGCGAAAAAACAACGGUGACCCAGACAAUUCACCCCUCACUGGGGGUGCUGUAGGACUGGUCGGUCCUUCAACGGUGCUGCUAGCGCUACUGGUCGGUCUGCGGGCGGUCAGUACCAUGCUACACUGGAACGGACAGCUGACGGAUCGUUCAUCCGGGUUGUGAUUGGUGACUGCGCAGAAGCUGUAAAUAUGAAAAGCGCCCAUCACCAAAAACAGGAAGAUAAAGACAAGAGAAAAGGAGAGAGUGGGAGAGGGAGGCAUAAGGGUGUGAUGGAAAAAAAAUAUUACAUAACACAAAAGCCAACGUAAUAAUAAUAAUACAAAUAAUAGGAAUGAUCUUGAUACUCAGUGUGUGUGUGCGUGUAUGUGAGCGAAUAUCCUUCUGCUCCUCCUGGCCGCCAGAAGUGCGUCGUAGGUGAUUGCGUUUUAGUUAUUGUUUGUUUGAUAUUUCCCUUGUUCUUUCGCUUCACGACACACACAAAAAGAAACACCCACUCACAUGGAAGAAUGGAGAGAAUGGAGAGAACAAUAACCCACUCACAUUGGGCUUAAAAUGGCUGCUAAUAUUGGGUUGGCGAACUUUAAACUGAGCGUAAGCUGUAUGUGUAAAUUGUAUAUGUAAUUGAGCUUUUUUCACUCCACAAACUACUUGUCGCGAAGAGAAAACAAAACUGACGACUCCGAGCAGCAUGAGCGCCAUACUGGGGGUGUACAUUGAGGGUGAGCAAUUGGCAUGGGCAAGGGUUCCGUAUUUACCGCAACAUCUACACCAAAUGGUCAAAGAUUGAAACCGUUCCGAAGCUGACGAGAGGAGCUAAAUUUCUUUUUUACAUCCCAAACCAUAGGAAAAUCGCUUUCAAACUCUAUAGGUGAUGUGAUGAUGUUUUCCUACUUUCCAAAAUAGGAAUAUCUUCACAUAUAGAGACAGAAACAAACUCAAAACCGCUCGAAGAAGAAACCGAAAAAAGGAACUCAAAAAAGGUAACAAAAUGCAGCAAAAUGUUACAACAAGAUCUUCCGUUGAAAAGCAAAGGUGUGUGCAGUAUGUUGGUCCGCUUGCUUUCUCCCAGCGGACAGCUAUUAAUCGUUUGACUUUAAAACAAAACAAAAAACAAACAAAACAUAUUAGUCCUUUCCCUGUUCCGAAAAAUUUCGAAAACUUGUAUAUGGGGUAGUUUUGUAACGCUGAUUGUACAUGUAAAAAAAAAGAUCGCAAACACAAAAAGAAACACUCACAUUACACCUUCCAUCACUCAAGUAAAGGAAUGUGUGUUAUGAUAGCAAUGCUCAAUACAAAAAAAGAGAGGAAGAAAAAAAGAAGAUAAAAGAAACAUGGAGAAAGUACUAAGGCUUGCUUUUGUCCGGCUAGUAGUGCUGCAGGUUAACUUUUGGUUCAAUUGCAGCAGCAAAAAAAAAGAAGUUCAGCAUGAAACAGGGAGCGCUAGUGACGACCGGAGCGUUAGUUUGUAGUGAAUGAGUUCUAGGUAAUAUAAGGAUGCAUCCUUAUACUGGUAAGGAGAUGAUGCGGUAGAGAGAUACCUCCGAACUAAGAUGGAAAAUCUCUCUUUCUUGUAAGUAAGUGAAACUUGUUAGCUGAGGCGCGUAGACAAAUGUAAGUAUUAUUAUCUGUUACUAACAUGAAUGUACUGGAACUAAUCGAUACAAAACCAAAACCCAAAAUCUAACAGCAUACUAAAUAAGCCUCCGCUGUACACCAAACAAAAAAAAAACAAACAACCGGGCGAGAGGAAAAUAUAAAAUGAACAACAAACGAAAACAGAAAACCUAACGGAUGACUCGCAAUACAAAGACAUUGUACGUUCUAUUAGACUAUUAUAUUGUAUGAUUGUUUUCUUUUCUUUCCCAUCUUUUUGUUACUCUUAUUCUUCUUCUUCUUAUUCUUCUUCUUCUUUUAAAUGUCUUUAACUAUGAGUUUUCAUUAUCAACCCAUUUUAUAUCUUCCCAUCUUUCCCUUCACUAAAGCGAUUGACACUUCACGUCAAUUUGUACGAUGCAUGUGCAAGCUUGAUCGCAUCACAAUCCUUCCUAUGUAAGGAUCAUCUGUCGACGAGAGGCAGGAUAGUAUUGCCAGCACAAAGUGUAUCGCAAAUGAACAGAAGAAUGAAA